AUGAGAGCAGCCAACAUCAACAACGCCAAGAAUAACACCGAUCCUAUUGCAUCAGCCUAUCAAAAUCAGGAUUUACUCACAUUCAAGCACGAGACCGAGCCCGGAAACGUGGUGAACAAGAACGAUGAGACUUCUACCAAACACCAUUACUUUGGCAAAUGUCAAUAUAAGACUGGCAAGUGCUUUAACGAGCGAACCCUUAAGCGCAAUGGUGAAGCCCAUUCACUUUGCGAGGAGCAUCGAAUCAAACAAAAUAUGAUUCAGCGACGCAGCGACAGGAAGUACCAGACAGUUCACGCAAUUCGUCGUCGCGAACGUUCACAGCGCCGCGCUGUACUGAAAAAGCAAGUCUCAAUGGCGGUAGCUCAGCAGCUCUUUUAUGAGCACCAACAGCAAAAAACUUUGGGUAUUCCAUUGCCACAACACCACCCGCUUCAUUUGUUGACAGUUAAUGCAAAAAGUGAUGCUUCCGCGGUUUCUGGUGGAAGUCUAAGUAUUGAAGUGCCUAUCCAGUCCCCAUUGUCGCCGUUAGCACCUCACUCAGAAAGCGGUGGUGCUGAGCGUACCACAGCGUUUCAUUGCCUUGCAAAUGCAUCAACAAAAGUGCCAUUAACGGCCGUCAAGGAUUCGUCAACGUAUAAAAGCGUGUUUAAUUCGUCUCCGUGCUCAUUCUUAGGUAUCGCUGUGCCUUUAACCCACAGCUUAACGACUUUGCAAGAUCAGAUGGUGGUUCGCAGUAAGGCCAGUGAUAGUCUUGGAUACGUACCUCCCGUGUCGUGCCUUGGAGACAAGGAAGCAUGGAGCGAUGACGAUAUCGAAUUUCUUCAUACCGUUCUUUUGACGUAG